UUGACUUCGUUCCACGGUAGAGAGAGAGAGAAAGAAGGAAUGAUAAGGCGAUUCAAUCAGAUCGUAUCCGCCUUUGACGUCCGCAAGAACAUACGCCUUCUCUCUCUAGGAAGCCAUUCCUUCUCUCUCUAAAAGAUACGGCGAAGAACAGAAGGCGCUGAUACAAAAGACAAGGAUCGAAAAAGCGAAGACAAAAGCUAUUACAGGAAAUCGAAUUAUUCAACAGCGAAGAAGAACAACAAGAAGGCGAAGCAGAAUAAGAAGCGGAAGUGAAACGAGAACAAGAAACAGAACAGAAGUUCAGCUCGAGAGAUCGUAUACCUAUCUCGUGUCUCUGUCUUUUUCUCCUCUGUUGGAACUUUUGAUCGAAAGAUUCGGUCUUUUUUAGUGGGUCGGCGUCUAAUUUCAUCCCUGUGGGCAUUUGGAGUGAUUCUGUGUUGUUGACAUUGGAAUUGGAUCUGAAGCAGAGUUGAUGCUGAAGCUUUUGGGUUAUAAUGGUUCAUAGGGAGUCACUGCUGUUCUAGAAUGUUCAAAAGGAUCAAAACUACAUUUUCUCCGACAUAAUCCCUGUUGAUGUUUUGAUGUGGAGACCAUGCUACUGACAAUGGUUGGUCUGAAUUUGCUGCUCACAGAAUCCUUUCCAUGGUGUUAUAGAAGGCCUUCGUAGUUUAUGAAUUCAUAGACGAGGCAGUGAUUCUGGAAAUGGUGCUGUCUGGUACACCAAAUCCUGUUGGUGGCUCCCAUUCUGUUCCAUCUCAUUCUCAGUUUAAUAACGUGAAUGUGCUCGGGACUGUUCCUAAUAUGUCCUCUCUGAUUAAUCAGUCUUUUGGAGGAGAGCCUAACUCUGUGUUUCCGAGCCCUGGAAAUGGUCAUCACCCAGGUUCUAAUAUCAUCAGGGCCGAGCCUGAUUCCCUUUCUGGUAUCGGGUUUGAUGCUUCAACGUCUUUUAUGGCGAUGGAUAUGGGGAAUCCAAGCUCGUCUGGUCAGGUUCCGGGUCAGCAGUUUACUAUCAUUCCAUAUAACCAGAUGUUAGGAGAUCAGCAAUGGGUCCAACAACGUAAUUCACAAAGCCUCCAGCAGGGGCUACAGCAGCAGGUUCCAUCUAUACGGGGAGGGUUCGCAAUGGAGCCACCGGUCAUGAAUGAUCAACGAGGGCAACGACAACAGCCACAGUUGCAGCCACUUAGGAAUCUUGGUCCAGUAAAACCUCAUUAUUCAGACAAUUCAGUGUUUCUCCAUCAACAACUGCAACAACAACACCAACAACUACUACAACAACAACAGCAGCAGCAACAGCAGCUACUUCGCAUGUCACAACAGAAAAGAUUCUUGCAAAUGCAACAGAAGCAACACUUGAAAUCAAUGCCUCAGCAGCAGAAUAUGCCUCCGAGACCGCUCUAUAAACCCGGGACAUGUGCUCGGCGUCUUACUCAGUACAUGUGUCAGCAGCAACACAGACCUGAAGACAAUAACAUUGAAUUUUGGAGACGAUUUGUUACUGAAUUCUUCGAGCCCAAAGCAAGGAAGAAAUGGUGUGUUUCAAUAUAUGGAAGUGGUAAACAACCGACCGGAGUUUGUCCCCAGGGUGUUUGGCAUUGUGAGAUAUGCAACCAGAAGCCAGGCCGUGGAUUUGAAGCAACUGCUGAGGUAUUACCGAGGUUAUUCAAGAUAAAAUACGAAAGUGGCACUCUGGAAGAACUUUUAUACAUCGAUCUACCCAGAGAAUAUCGGAAUUCAUCUGGUCAGAUUGUUCUCGACUACUCUAAAGCGAUUCAGGAGAGUGUUUUCGAGAAUCUUCGGGUUGUCCGAGAUGGCCAGCUUCGGAUAGUUUUCUCUCCUGAUCUCAAGAUUUGCUCUUGGGAAUUUUGUGCCCGGCAUCAUGAAGAGCUUAUACCUCGACGAGUAUUGAUACCUCAGGUCGGUCAACUUGGCGUUACGGCUCAAAAGUAUCAGAAUGCUGCACAAAAUGCAUCAUCUGUUCAGAAUAUCCAAAACUAUCAUAAUGCUUUUGUGGCUUCGGCCAGGCAAUUGGCAAAAGCCUUGGAAGUACCGCAAGUAAACGAUUUGGGAUACUCGAAAAGAUAUGUCCGUUGCCUUCAGAUAUCGGAGGUGGUUAACAGCAUGAAGGACUUGAUCGAUUAUAGCUGGGAAACGGGCACCGGACCUAUUGAGAGUUUGAUGAAUUUUCCCCGAGGAAAGAAUCCUUCCGUUAAUGGUAUGGCACGUAAUAGUUCCUUCAACUCUUCUUCUUCUGGUGCUGUUCCCGCUCUUCUCCAUCAGAACUCCAUGAACGGACGGCAGUCCUCCUCUUCGACUAACCCGAGCAGUCCCUACGCAUCAAACCCGCUUCAGAUGCCAUCUUCGAGCUCCUCCAGCAAUAUCAGGCAGGUCGGUUUGGCUCCUCCCGUGGAAUCUGAUUCAAGCAAGCCUCAGAGUUCGGUUGAGAAAAUCUUGCAGAACAUAAUGGUAAACAACGGGAUGUUACAUGGACAUGACGGCUCCGUUCUUGGCAGUGGCAGUGUGUUCUCGGGUAAUAAUAGCUCAAUGGACGUCGGGUUCGGGUUUCAGCGUGACGGGUUCGGGUAUGAACCGAACCAGAGGAGCCAUAGUUAAGAGCAACCACCAUACGGUUUUGAACGGCAUGGCUCGACAAGAGCGGGACAUGGGGAACCAGCUUCUGGGCACGACAAACGGUUCGAACCAUCUUCAGUUUGGUUGGAAACCAUCUCCUUAAGACAGGUGAAAAUAACAUCGUACAGGUGCGGCCAUAUGUUUUUUUUAAACAUGAUGUAUACUAGUUUUUGUGGUAGAAAAAAAAGGAGGGAAGAGAAAACACGUAAUAGUUCAUAUGCGGAAUCUUGGAUAAUGAUAGUAGUGUUCAUAUUCACAUAUUGAAUAAACAAUGCAAAGAAGCGACAUGGUUAUUUCCA